AUGAUUAGGAGGGAGAGCUUCGAAGCCGUGGACCGGACUCUUCGUGAUGCAUCCGGCAAGAAUGAGGCCUUCAGCGCUUCUGUUCCCAGUCCCAUUUUGUGUUAUUGGUACAUGAACAUCAUAGGAAAUCAGUUUGGAAACUGCGGCCGGAAAGACGAUGGUUCCUUUCUGAGUUGCCCGAUAAAAGAUGUAAGAUGUGGAAAGCUUCAGUGCAAUGGAAAAGGCAGUUCACCAGCAAUUGGUGGAAGAAUGGAAAAUGUGGUGUCUCAGUUCUCCAGUAAGGGCAAAAAUAUUGAAUGUUAUGGAACAUACUUCUCAGGCGAUGCUGAAGGCGUUGAUAUGGUGGUAGAUGGCACUCCCUGUGGUUCAGGAAAGGUCUGCAUCAACAAAGUGUGCCGUAAUGUGGCUGGUUUCGGUGUUGCCAAGUGCAACAAGUACUGCAGUGGCCAUGGGGUGUGUAAUAAUAAUGAUGCAUGCUACUGUGACCCUGGCUGGGCUCCCCCAAACUGCACCUCUGCAGGACAAGGUGGUAGUAUGAACAGUGUAACAUGGUUUUCCCAGCAGCCAGCUAAAACCAUCAAUAUUAAAGCACUAAAACUAAAUGCUGAUAUUACUGAGAACAAUUUAAUCUAUUCCAAAGGAAAACCAACCAGUGCAGCAAAUGGUACGAAAGCAGGCACAACUACACCACAACUGCCUGAAGAUUCGGUUCUUAAAAGUGGUGCCAGUUCAAGGAAGAAGAAUGCUAAGACAACAACUGCAAGUCCAGGCAGAGGUACACCCAUUUGGCUGAUGGUGUUGCUUGUCUUGGUUGUGAUCUUCCUUCUUGUGGUAUUCGUUGUGCUGUUGUAUUAUCUGAGGAAGAAGAGUGACAGUACUGAUGAUGUAUCAGAAAGAUCCAAUCUCAGUGAGAAUAAUCCUACUGUGAGAACGCUGGCUGCCCCGGACGGGACGGACGAGCACAUGAUGAUGAUGAAGAACGCUGGCUGCCCCGGACGGGACGGACGAGCACAUGAUGAUGAUGAAGAACGCUGGCUGCUCCGGACGGGACGGACGAGCACAUGA